UUGCGAGUAGAACUAGUCGUGAGGAGAGUACAGAGCUGUUCUUUGCCUGCUGUUUGUUUCAAGCAUUGUAAUUUAGAUUUUCAAACCUUUUAAUUUAUUUGUAUGUAACUGACAUAUUUUUGAACAGUUAAUUUGCUACUCGUGUUGUCGUAAUGCUGUUAUAGUUCCUAUUUUGAUUGGGAUUCACCCCCCCCAGUAGAUGGCACUCUGAAUAUACAAAAAACGUGGGCUUGGUGAUAAAGGUUGACUGCCUUGAAGUGGCAUCCUCUUACACUGCUGAUACUGACCGUUUCCUCCACAAGUCUGCCUGUGGGUUUGGCUUUAAGGAACCAACAAAACGUCCAUUCUGAACAGACCACAUUUCCAGGAACACGUAAAGCCAGAGACGGUUCAAAAAUGUUGUUUUGUUGUUUAUUGUUAAAGAGCCUCUUUGAUAAUACCUGGUGACUGAUCACACCUUAGUAUUUAGUCAGUGUGGUUAAAUGGAGUAUGGGUCACCAGAAUAUGACCUCAGACAGAACAUUACUUCUCCUGAAAUUUCUUCGGACCAGAAAACAUAAAGUGUAGACUUGACUGAUGGAUGCGCAAUAUUUUCUCUCUGUUUAAUGCUAACGUUACAGACUAUAAGCUGAGGUCAUGUCUUUCUUCCUUUGUGCUUUGGUGACAAUUUUGCACACUGUGCUUUUCUACAGCCAGAGAAAAGGAGGAAGUAGAGUGUAAGUGGGGCCCUUUUUGUGAGGGUUUAAAAACCCUGUGGGUCCUUUAGAGUAAUAUUCCAAAACAUGUACAGUAGGCUGUAAGCUGUUCUGAUGCCAGAUUUCAAACAGGAUAGAAAAGAACAAGAUUUUCUGGCUACGUGACUGAAGCGAUGUUUAUGUUGCGUUCCCGGACUCCUUGGAAAAUCCAACUUUCAGAUGUUAAACUCGUGUUCACGCCCCGUCCUACACUCCAGUGGAGCAAUGUUUUGCCUAGAGGUCCCAGUCUUUUGUUCUACCAGCAUGUGGACUCACAUCACAACACGAGCAAUUUUCUAACAACUGCAGAGGAGGGAAAACAAUUGGCUGUAAAAAUGUCCCAAUAAACGUGGGAUCUAUGAAGGUUUCAAAACAUUCUAAACAGGUUUUGCAAAUGUUUUAUGAGACAGGGAAUGCAAUUCAGUGUAUUUGUAAGACCUUGAGAUUGAGCUCAAUACGUGAAAAAUGUUGAAUGUAAACAAAAACAUGUUUGUUUAGGCUACAAUACAAACUCCACCGGGUAUGUUUGCCGUUGGUCGGCAGAAAUACAUAUUACACAUUUAACAACAAAAUACAUUCCUGUUACAUUGCUUUUUGGUAUGACUUCCAUGCUGUACAACACGUAUCAUGCUCUGCCGCAUUUAUUAUUAAUGCAUGUAAAAACUACAAGAUAUGUCUGGGCUACUGCUGGGCAGCACUGAAGUUACAGUUACAACAUUUAGCAGAUACUCUUAUCUGAGACCCCGUACAGUGCUAGUGUUAGUCAAACCAUUAAAUGCACUGUUAGCAUAAUCGAUUUUUUCAACACUAAAGUGUAUCUACAGGGUCAGGUACAAAACAAUUAUAGGAGAAUACAAGUCUGCUGACAUUAAAUUAAAAAUUAUAUUAACAUAAAAUAUAAUACAUAACAAAAUAACAGUCAAAUACAUUUUAAAAUGUAAUUUUUUUUAAAGAUACUCGUUUCCAGUCUCUCUUUUUCCAGACUUUAUUGAUACAAAAAUGAAUACAAUGUAGGAAGAGAACAGGGCAAUAUAUUACACAGGAUUUUUUUUCUCAUGUUGUGACAUCAGGGCCGCGUUCAGCCCCGACAAAUCGAAGCAAAACUUCGCACCCCGUUUUCAGAUUGAACGUGCCCCAGAUUUCGUCUGUAGGACAAUAUAAAAUAGGUCUGUACGUCCGAUAGUCACUGAAGGCACCAUCGGGUUUGUUUUGGUCCUGCGGGGCUGUGUCCGAGCCAACCAAUGAGGGAAGAGAAGGGCCACGGACUUAUCACGUGAUCCCCCACUCCCCGCCCUGCCCUCCCUUCCUGUAAAUCGGCGCGUCGCUCAUACUUGAUUCAUUCCUUGCCAGUGAACGGACCAUCUCGCUACUUGUCUCCGUUACCUGACUUCUGAACAACGCUGCAACGACAUUUCGCAUUUUACCAACGAAUAAUAAAGAAAAAGAAACUAACUACAUUAUUCUGUCCUUCAUAAAUUUACUAAGAGAAAACCAAUUUUAACCGAAUAACCGAAAUAAAUCCUCCUGCGUCAUAAACCAGAGGAUACAGUCGCUCAGGGGGGCCGUUCAGCUCAGAAUAUUUACGUUUUCUUUCUUUUUUUAAAAAAGCAAAACAAAACAAAAUGAAAACCAAAUUUAUCAACGGGGUUUCUUCUUCCCCUUCCAUGUCGCUGGGUCUGCUGGUGACCGAGAACGUCCUGCAGGUCCAGCCCGACACCGAGGAGGACUGUAAGGAGCUGGUCCACCCCGACCAGCCCGACCUGGACACCCAGCGCAAGGCGUAUCUGUGGUGCAGAGAGUUCCUCCAUGGAGCCUGGAAAAGCCUGUCUGAGGACGAUUUCCAUAUCACCAUCAUAAGGGGUGGUCUGAGCAACAAGCUCUUCCUGUGCAGCCUCCCUGACAGCCUGGUCACUGUUGGGGACGAGCCGAGGAGUAUCCUACUGCGCCUCUAUGGGGCCAUCCUGCAGAUGUCCUGUAAUAAAGGAGAUUCCCAACAGUCAAACAAAGAAAAUCACUUCCAAGGGGCGGAGGCCAUGGUGUUGGAGAGUGUGAUGUUUGCUAUCUUGGCAGAGAGGGAGCUGGGACCUAAACUCUACGGUAUUUUCCCUCAGGGCCGACUGGAGCAGUAUGUCCCUAGUCGUAAACUGGACACCUGUGAGUUAAGCGACCCCAGCAUCUCAGCGGAAGUUGCAGAGAAGAUGGCCAAGUUUCAUGGAAUGAGGAUGCCCUUCAACAAGGAACCCAAGUGGCUGUUUGGAACCAUGGACAAGUACUUGAGCCAAGUCAUGAGGCUGAACUUCACCAGAGAGUCCCACCUGCGCCGCUUCAACCGCCUGCUCGGCUACAACCUGCCACAGGAGAUGGAUAUGCUCAAGUCCCUGCUGGAGUCCACACACUCUCCAGUAGUGUUCUGCCACAACGACUGUCAAGAAGGAAACGUCCUGCUGUUGAAGGGCCGCCAGAGUUCAGACAAACAGAAGCUGAUGCUCAUUGACUUUGAGUACAGCAGCUACAAUUACAGGGGAUUCGAUAUUGGCAACCAUUUCUGCGAAUGGAUGUACGACUACAACUGUGAUGAGUUUCCUUUCUUCAAAGUUAAUGUUCAGGCCUACCCUUCAAAGGCCCAGCAGCUCCACUUCAUUGAAAGCUACCUGCGUGAGUCUGACCAAGGGUUUGAUAACCUGAGUGAAGAGGACCAAAUGAAAGUGAAGGAGGAGCUGUACGUGGAGGUGAACAGGUUCUCCCUGGCAUCCCACUUCUUUUGGGGCUUGUGGUCCAUCAUCCAGGCCCGGCUCUCCACCAUUAAGUUUGGAUACCUGGAGUACGCCCUGGCCAGAUUUGAUGCCUACUUCCAGCAGAAGAAGAUCUGGGCUGUCUAAUGGAGUGAAAUGAUUGGAUGGAUUGACAACACGUUCAGCCAAAGGCAGGAGGAGGACAUAUAGGCUGAUGAAGAUUCCACGAUCCGCGCUUUACUUACACUCCUUGCAGUUGUAGAAGAUUUGCUGGCUACUGUUGGUGUUGUGUUGGCCAAAGCCAAAACUUUAUCUCAUGGCUAGGUGCUUAAAGUACACAAUCCAUUGCAGCUCAAAGUUUACACUGCAUAACUCCCUGAGCCAAAAAAAAGAAAAAACAUUGACUUGUACUAACAUUCAUCACUGGUCAGAACUGCUCUCUGCUUCUUCCUUGUUUGAACCAUAUCACUAACACGAGGCAGGAGAGAGGUGGAUUUUGGUUACAGCUAGAUUGGAAAUGUUAACAUUGCAUCAAUGUAUAUGUAUUGAUCAUUCCCUUAUGGAAAUGCUCUGUUGGAAAGAACCAAAAUGUGAACUACUCUUAGUAGAUUCCUGCUUACUGAAGCAGCCAGUUGCUAACUAUGUAUAUUAUAUAUAGAUCUCAAUGUGCCAGUAACCUGGCCCUAACUGAUGGGCCGACUUGUUGGCUGGUGAAAUCAUGACUUGAUCUUCAGGUCAGAUUGAUGUCUACACCUCUAGAUAUUACACAUUUGCUGUUUGUUUGAUUUUCUUUUUUAAAUGGUUAUAUUUGACUUUUUUUUCCAGGCCAGGGCAAAUACAGUUAUGUUGCAUUUUAAGUAAUGUGAAUAGUUGAGGUUCCUUUUUCUGGGUGGCUGGUUAAACUCCACCAAGUCAAAAUCGAAGUCAUCAAACUUCAGGUAGUUCCAUUAUAAUUAGGUCUGGUUCUUUGUGACUUCCUAACUAAUAAUGCAGUUACACUGAUGAGCUGUGAAUUUGCUCAACCUGUUUUUUUACUGACAGAUGUUCGGUGGGUUUAUGGUAUUAUUAUGGAUCACUGUGACAAGUAGAUCCACAUCUUGUUGUGUAGUUUAUGCAUUGGGUAUUAACAUCUGCAUUGUCUGAUUUAGCCAAAAAGACAUUCCAGCCAUGCUCUAAAAACCUGGGGAAUUGUUGCUCUCUAUUGGACACUAGGGAGCUAACUGACCAUCUUGUUGUUUUUUUACUUUUAUAUAUUAUCACUGCAUUGAAGAAAGCAUCACACAGUACACAUGGCAAUGGUUCCAUAUUGUGGUAAUGGAUUCUUUGGUGAUGUCACUGGUUUUUUGGUGCAAGUGCCUACUGCCAAGUUGCCUCAUCAUACUGCACAGCUGAAUUUUGCAUAGAUUACUUAUUUAAUUAAAUUGUAGCUGGACAGCUGUACAGUAAUUUUGAUAAAGGGGUAUUUAGUAAAAUAUGGCUUGAACAAGACCUUUCUGCUACUGAGAGCUGAGUCAUUGGUGUUAAUCACCUUGUCAAACCCACACACACACUGGCCACAUAUUAUGGCCAUUGUCUGCUCUAGCGUGGUGAAAGUCUUACUUAAUGCACUUUUAACAAAGGAAUUCAGCACUGGAACAGUGAAGCACUGUGCCCUGUGUGCAUCAGGCUUACCUCAUAGGUUCAGCUUUUAGGCUUUCUGCUAUGCAGUGGGAUAAUUGUUUAAAAUAAGAGAUGGUCAGAGUGAUUACUAUGACUAAUUUGUCCUGCUGUCUCUCAUCCAAACAUCCUGAGACAUGCUCAAUUCUACCUCACUCCAUCAAGUCAUUGUAAGUGCACCAAACACUCAAGAACUAUGCUAUUGUACACAGAGACACAUAUUCGUCAUAUGCUGCCAAGACAGCCUUCACUUUAAAUGAGACCUGGAUAUUUAAACUUUUUGUUUAUUUUCACCCCUCUCAUUUUGGUCAAAAGUUUGUUGGCAUGAUUAGCAUUCCUCCUUCCACUCUAAUUGAUACAAGUGACCACAAGCUAGCUUUUCAGCUCACCGCUAGUGUAGCGGUGCCUAUUAGACUUGCUAUAACAAUUACAGCAAAGCUUUCCAUACUAGAAAUCAUUUUCAAUUUUUUUUUUCCCCCCCAUCAUGUUUGCCAUAUUGGAAGGGUGCAGUACCCAGUGAAGAACAGACUAAACUUAACCUUUCGCUAAGCCCAACCCCUCAUUUAGUGUUGCUACCCCUUUCAAGCUUUUCAUUUAUUUUUUUUGUAUUUUUUUUUUAAACAAUGGGUCCUUAAUGUCAGACAGUGGUAGAUGAUGGUAAUGACAACUGUCACUAGCAGAUUUUAUCAGCUGUGGCUAGCUAGUUAAGCUAACGUAAGCGCCAUGAGUUCUUUGAAAAUGAUGUCUCCGGCUGUCUUUUUAAUGUUUCCAAUUAACUUGUUUAAUACAAGAACUCCUGAAAAAAGGGGUCUUAAAUAUGCACUUGAUGACUACAUACAUGAUAUCACCAUACUACAUACAUGAUAUGAAUCUAAAGCCAAAUACCCCAGGCAAAAAGUCAGCAUCUUCACAAGUUAAUGAUCCAUGUAUAAGAAGAAAUAAAUGAGCAGCAUUGUUAUUGUAUUGCAGAGUUGAGCCAGUUAGUCCUAGUAUUGUAAGUAUGAUAGUAUGAAGUAAAAAUAUAAGAUAAGUUUUUCUUUCUAACAUUAAUUUGUUUGGCUGCUUAUCUUAUAUAUUUGUUCGUAUUUUCAAACAGUAUAACUUUUAAUGUUAAGAAAGAAAAUGAUGAUGUGUUUGGCAAAUGCAACGCUUCAUUUGGUAAUGGGACAUGGAGUUGGGAGUGUUGCUUCCCCAAAUCCAACAAGAGCAGGACAGAGCCGCUAACGCAAAACUCUGAUAGCAUCCAAGAUCAGCUUCCGAACAGUGGGGAAAUACUACACAGUUGAUGUGCUAGUUGUGAAGUAUUCUUUUUUUAUGUAACCCCACAAGCUAAUGUAUUUAGCUAAUGAUAUGCUCUAUUGCCUUGGAAGUAAGGCUUCGUUACCAGUGUAAGUUAGGUAGUAAGCUAGUUAGCUGGACAUGCUAACAAUUGCUGUUUAGACAGUGACACUGUUUAAUGCAUUCCUAACACUUUUGCUCUUGUAUUUCUGGUUUUGAAAAGACUAAAAGAAAAAAAUGUUUUUUUAAAUGCUGAGUAUCACUCUUAGUACAACCUCAUGCAGAAUAUGUGGAGAAAUCCAAAGCUCGACGGGCCUGCUAUGCCGAGUUACAAUACUGCUUGGAAACACUUUAUUUGAUCCUUGUUUGCCACAAAAUGUAUAAUUCAUAGUUACUGUGGAAAGAUACAUGAAGAAAUGUAGCUUAAAAACACACCUUUAACUGUACUGUGUGACUGUGCUGCUACAAAUGAAAGCUGUGCAGCCACCAUAAAGGCUGAUGUGCAUUUCCAUGUUCAUUCCUGUUAAGCUGUAGCUGAUUUAUACAUCCCUGUUUACCUGUGAGCUAAGUCGAAGCCACCAAAUUGAAUAUGUGACUAUUGUGAAGUGUACAGAAGGUAUUACCUCAUACUUCUUGUGAGAAUAGCUACACAGUGAUAUACAGUGAACACAUAGCUGAACUGGAUCAUAAAACUAAACUGACCCCUACACCAGUCACCUGAUACUGGAACCAUCCAGAGGUGUUUGAAUGUCUACUGUGGCACUUUUGAUCUGAGGACCCGAGAAAGAAAAACAAUGUAUGUACUUGUGUAUUUUCAUGUUUAAACAUUUGCAUGUUGUUGAACUGUGACUCUAAGUUGUUGAAAUGUUAGUUUUAUUUUACAUGAAAGUGAAUUUCAUUGUUAUAUUUCCUUUGGAAUGUGCUUAAUGUAUAGUUUUAAAUUUAUUUUGAGAUACAAUGGGACUAGGGAUGCACCAGCAUAAUGUGCAGUGGAUUAUACUGAAUAAAAUUUAAAAGGUUACUGGUACAUCCUUCCUGAGGCAGUAGUAUUUACUUUAGCACAUAUUCUUUCUUUCAAUACCAUUCAGUGGCUCUUCUACCUAACCUGAAUUUGUAUUAAUUUUGUCUUUCAUUUUUGAAAUGCAUCAUUUGCCCUGACCUUUCACUACAUGCUUUUUCUAUCUCAAUUCUUAUGUCCUUUUCCAUGAUUUUUUUAUAUUUGUUAUAGAAAAAAUGGACACCGGGAUCUGUAACUACAGUACAUUCCAUAAUUAUUUCACCUUCAGUAUCAUGUACACUAAACACUAAAAUUUUGAUUUAAUUGGUUCUUCCAAUAAAAUUGUAAUUUGUUCCCAGUAGUGAACUAACAAACACCCUCACAUCUGUUUAUACUUGUAAUUUCAUGUUUGUAAUAAUCACUAACUAAAAUAUAGAGGGUCAUGCUAAAAUCCAAAUUAUCCAAAUAUAAAGAAUGACAAACUUAUCAUUCUUGAUACUGUACAUUGUGUUAAUGUAAUUCACUUAUUUUUUUUGUUAAAAAACACAUUGUGCUCUGUGAUAGCACCCACAACUACACUAUCAUGUGACUCACAGUGAUAAUAUUUGCUAUCUAUGCAGCUACACUGAAUGUAUAUGUACUCAUAUAUACUUUGUAAUUGAAAAGGUUUCGAGUGAACUGCUGUAAAUUUACUUUUUUGCUUUGCACAAAUGAAAAUUAAAGAGAAAACAACUGA